AUGGCGGCAUCACCCAGUACGAAUCCGAUGUCAACCAGCAAGUCGCGAUUGCAUCGCUCAGCGGGCAGCAUAAAUCUCUGCGACGAUGCAACGGGUUCCCCUUUGCAGCACAAGGAACCCCUUUCUGCAAUAAUUAGCGAUACAAACAACGCUUCCCCGGUGUUGAAGAAUGCUACGCGCCAAGGGCAGGGCAAACCGCGCCAGCUGAAACGCCGGAGAGCAGUGGGUGGUGGUAGCGGACUGCAACCGAAGGCGGGCUCGGCGGAGCCGCAAACGGAAGCAAUUAUGACGAUAUCUGAGGCUCCUGUUUUUUGCAAUGACUGCUCCGUGAUGGUUUAUUCAAAAUCCACAGAUCAGUCGUUUAUCACCAACAGUGGUGGUCUCAGUCCUCAUCGAAGGACACGAUCGGCGUCAGGCUCCAACACUAAGCUGGGCUCCCUGUGGUCCUUCAUUUGCAAUGGCAAUUCAGCCAGUUCAAGUGUACGGAGGACUAAUGAAUCAGUUGCUGUACCUCCGUGA